GGAUGGAGCAGGUUUGGGAAGGAAAACAAAGUUCCAUACAUUAGAUUGGAAUACAUUAGAGUGGAGGUAGAGAUCUCCAAGUAGAGAUUUUAAGUAGAUCAUUAAGUCUUAGGGGUACGUCAGGGCUAUCUAGAUAAAGUUAUGUCCUUUAUACAGGUGAUAUUUAAAGUCCUGAGACUGGAUAUGUUUACCUAAAGCGAGACUGUAAAUAAAGAAAGAGGGUGUAAGGCUGCAAAACUAUGGAUUACCAGGCAUUUGUUCCUGUAUGAUACAAAUCUGUACAGAGUAACCUUGUUUUUUUCUAUGUAAUCUGAAUUGCAUAUCUUCUGCAACUUUAAGAAACAAUUUAACUCCCCACCCUCCCUCCCAAGUUUUUCUAUUUACAGGAAGAAAUGUAACUGGCAGAUGUCUGAGUGCUCAAUUCAGUAUGACUAGACCAUUCUCCCUCUACAGGUAAACUGAUAGGAGGUGAAAUGAUGGAAAGACUGCUUGGUGUGUGAAGACAAUUUGAUAGGACGUCUUUAUAGUCCCAAACUCUGGUUGCUGGUGGGCCAUUUUCACAAUACUGUCAAGCCUACUAGACGAGAAUGCGACCCCUGUGAAAGGAUCGUUCGACCCCCAAAGGGGUCUCAACCCACAGGUUGAGAAAGGCUGGAUCUGAAGCCCAUAACAGUGCUUACCUAUGAGAUCUCGAUGCUGAGUCGACCCAAGUCUCAAGAGGAAGAAUGGGCAUGGCAGAAACUGAGAACUUGUAUCUGCUGACAUGGGUCCUUUUAGUGGGGAUGUGGCAAGGCUGUGGAAUGACUCACAGCUGCCCUCAGUGUUUGUCCCACUGAAAAUUUCAGCUGCAGACCUGAGGCUGACGAGUGGAGGCCACCGCUGUGAGGGGAGAGUGGAAGUGAAGUACCGAGGAAUAUGGGGCACAGUGAAUGAUUUUGACUGGAACCUGGAGGAUGCAGCUGUGGUGUGCAGACAGCUGGAAUGUGGAGUUGCUGUUGCUGCUUCCAGAGGGGUUUAUUUCGGAUCAGGGGUAGGGCCCAUUUGGCAUUCAUAUCUUUUUUGCGAAGGGACAGAAUUGAAAAUCAAUGACUGUAUUCAUUCUAUGGUUCGAAACUAUCAUGAACUUGACUAUUCCCAUACCUUGGAUGUUGGAGUUGCCUGCUCAGGAUUUGUGCGUCUGGUUGGAGGGGAUGGACCCUGCUCAGGGAGAGUAGAAGUACAUUCUGGAAGAAAUUGGGAUUCAGUAUCUGGUGGGAACUUCACAUUCUCCACUGCCCAGGUUAUCUGUGCAGAGCUGGGGUGUGGCAAAGCUGUGUCUAUUCUGAUGGAUGUGCCCUUUAGAGAGUCAGAUGGACAGGUCUGGGAUGAAGAGUUCUGGUGUGAGGGGCAGGAACCUGAGCUCAGGACCUGCCCCAGAGUGCCCUGUCCUGGAGGUACUUGCCAGCACAGAGGUGCUGUUCAAGUUGUCUGUUCAGCAUACACAGAAGUGCGGCUCAUGAAAAAUGGCACCUCCCAGUGUGAGGGACAAGUGGAAAUGAAUAUUUCUGGAAAAUGGAGAAUGCUCUGUGCCUCCCACUGGAAUAUGGCCAAUGCCAAUGUUGUCUGUCGUCAGCUCGGCUGUGGAGUUGCCAUCUCAACCCCCAAAGCAGCAUACUUUGUGAAAGGAGGUGAUCAAAUCUGGAAAGCCCAAUUUCACUGCUCAGGGGCUGAGUCCUUCUUAUGGAAUUGCCCAAUGACUGCCUUGGGCAUUCCUGACUGUACCCAUGGAAGCACGGCCUCUGUGAUCUGCUCAGGAAACCAGACCCAGGUGCUGCCCCAGUGUGACUCCAUGUCUGCACCAGCAGGCUCUGCAGCCUCAGAGGAGAGCCCUGCCAGCUGCUCAGACAGGGGACAGCUCCGCCUGGUGGACGGGGGCGGUCCCUGUGCCGGCAGAGUGGAGAUCCUUCACCAGGGCUCCUGGGGCACCAUCUGUGAUGACAGCUGGGACCUGAACGAUGCCCAGGUGGUGUGCAGACAGCUGGGCUGUGGAGAGGCCCUCAACGCCAUGGUCUCUGCUCACUUCGGGGAAGGGUCAGGCCAGAUCUGGCUGGAUGACGUGAGCUGCACAGGAAAGGAGUCCCACCUGUGGAAGUGCCCUUCCCGGGGCUGGGGACAGCACGACUGCUGGCACAAGGAGGACGCGGGGGUCAUCUGCUCAGAGUUCCUGGCCCUCAGGAUGGUGAGCAAGGACCAGGAGUGUGCUGGGUGGCUGGAAGUUUUCUACAACGGGACCUGGGGCAGUGUCUGCUACAGCCCCAUGGAAGCUACAACCUUGUCCACGAUCUGCAGACACCUUGGCUGUGGGGACAGUGGGACCCUGGACUCUUCUGUUGAUUUUAGGGAAGGUUCUAGACCCCGGUGGGUAGAUGGAAUCCGGUGUCGGAAAACUGAUACCUCUCUCUGGCAAUGUCCUUCUGACCCUUGGAAAUACAGCUCAUGCCUUCCAAGAGAUGAAGCUUAUAUCACGUGUGCAGGAAGAAGACCCAAGAGCUGUCCCUCUACUGCCCCCUGCACAGACAAAGACAAGGUCCGACUCAGGGAUGGAGACACCAAGUGCUCAGGGCGAGUGGAGGUUUGGCACAAUGGCUCCUGGGGCACAGUGUGUGAUGACUCCUGGAGCCUGGCAGAGGCUGAGGUGGUGUGUCAGCAGCUGGGCUGUGGCUCUGCCCUGGAAGCCCUGCAGGAGGCGACAUUUGGUCCAGGACAUGGGCCCAUCUGGCUGGAUGAGGUGCAGUGCAGGGGCAGGGAGUCCUCCCUGUGGGCCUGUGCUGCGGAGCCCUGGGGGCAGAGCAACUGCAAGCAUGAGGAGGAUGCUGGCGUGAGGUGCUCUGGUGAAAGAACAACAUUGCCCACCACUACAGCAGGGACCAGAUCUGGCCCAAGUCCUGUACCUGGCAUCUUCUCCCUGCCUGGGACCCUUUGCCUCAUCUUAGGGGCCCUUCUCUUCCUGGUCCUCAUCAUCCUGGCAAUUCAGCUGUACAGAGGGAGAGUGGAGCACAGAGCCUUAUCCAAUUUAGAAUAUGCUCUUGAUGAAGCCAUGUAUGAGGAAAUUGAUUAUCGGGUAUCGCCGAAGAAAGAAGCUCUACUGAGCAGCCCAGAGCCCUCAGCUCAGAGGACUGAUGCCUUUAGCGAGAUUUACGAUGAUGCUGAAGAGGUUCCAGUGCCCCAGGCUCCUUCUGCCUCUCAGAUGAACGAGUGGGAAGUGCCCUUAGAGGACAAUGGAGUGAGAAUUUUUCAGACAGGCUCCUCUCUGCACUUCCCUGAAGGGGCAGCUCAUCCUAGGAAAGAAGAUAGUCCCUGGCUGCUCCAGGGGAGAGAAGAGGAUCCUGAUUGAUGGAGGACAAAUUGGCACUCACCCACAGACCUGCAUCCAAGUAGGCAAGAAAACAAGGAAGAGGAGACCUAGUCAGAGGAAACCCAGAAGGAAUACAGACAGAAAAAACAAGAACUUUUGGCUACAUGAGUUUUGCAGAU